ACGACGAAAGUCUCGAUCCCGUCCCAAACGAGGAAGAGGCUGCUGAAUACGAGCAGCAACUCCACGAGGAGAAUGAGCAAGAAGAGGAGCUUCUCCGAAGAUUUUCAAGGGAGCAAGAUAUUUCCACAUGGUCGUUCGGCAUCGCCCUGCCCCUCCCCCCUGGGUUCAUUGUGAGACGCCUGGUUGAUGAUGCGGCAAGAAGGACGACGAAAAAAGCAAAAUGGCAACCGCCUCCAAUGAUGGAGCGACCAACGCUCCUCCUAAUUCAGUAACAACUGAAACCUCCCAGCUUACUGUCGGUGAUGAUGAUGAUGUCUGUACGCGGAGAAGGAAUCUAGUUGGAUUCUGGCUUCUAGGUCUGUGUAAUAACUUCUCAUAUGUGGUGAUGUUGAGUGCUGCACAUGACAUAUUAAAGCCUACAUUAGAACCCAAAGUGAAUUCUUCAGCAUUACAUUUUGAGAUGGAUUCCAAAAGCAAUGAGACAGAUGGGCUUGGGUGUAAUCCAUUAUCAACAGGGACAAUCCUGCUUGCUGAUAUUCUUCCAACGCUCCUUAUAAAGGUUACAGCACCAUUUUACAUGCACAAACUGAGCUACAACUUUCGUAGCAUUCUGUGUGUUCUACUAGCUUUUGCCAGCUUCUUCAUGGUGGCAUACUCACAUGCUCUUGGGCUAAGUUUACUUGGUGUGGCAUGUGCCAGUGCAAGUUCUGGCUUUGGAGAAAUCACUCUACUUAGCUUUUCUGCACAUUUUGAUAAGGAUGUUGUCUCUACCUGGUCAUCAGGGACAGGGGCAGCUGGUGUGUUUGGGGCCCUAUCAUAUGCUGGCCUUAUAUCAGCUGGUGUUUCGCCCAGGAAUACAAUACUUAUCAUGAAUGUUGUGCCAGUCUUGUUCAUCAUCAGCUUCUGGUAUAUCUUGGUUCAUCCUGAAUAUCUCCAAGGCUCCUACCUCAUCAACUAUGCUACUGUGCACUACAAAACAGAAGAGCAUGAGCAGCUGUUCAAAAGUGAUUCUGGAGUUCAAGGUACCAACAAAAGUGAGAUCUCAAAAAUGACCUUCAGCCAGAAGUUAGUAGUCACUAAGGGUCUUCUCAAGUAUAUGAUACCUCUAUUUCUGGUUUACUUUGCUGAGUAUUUCAUAAACCAAGGCUUGCAUGAGUUGAUAUUCUGGAAAGACAUCUGGAUUACACCUUCAGAGCAGUAUAGAUGGUAUCAGGUUGACUAUCAGCUUGGGGUGUUGAUCUCAAGAUCAUCUGUCAAUAUACUUCCUAUCAAGAAUAUAUGUCUAUUGACUGGACUACAGUGGGUGAAUCUGGCAGUGCUGGCGUUCGAAUCCAUCUAUCACUUCCUGCCUUCUGUGUGGAUCAUGUUUGCAAUUGUGUUCUUUGAGGGACUGCUUGGUGGAGCAGUGUAUGUAAAUGCAUUCUACAGAGUUUCCAAAGAGGUACCACCCUCGGAGCGUGAAUUCUGUAUGGGAAUUACAAGCGUGGCUGAUAGUACGGGGAUCGCUCUUGCUGGUGCAACAGCAUUACCAGCUCACAAUGCAUUAUGCAAAUAUUGGCUCCAUAGGGUCUUCCGCUGAGAAAUCAUGUUUUUCAAGUUAAACAUUGUUAGCAAGCAUUUCUUCUUGCAGAUACUUGCAGAUAUGCUGGGUAGACAUAAAGAUUAUAAUAUGGGAAUUGUAAAUAUUUUGAAUACUGAAAGAAUAAAUAAUAUUUGACUGUUA